GCUCCCCGCAAAACCCCGUCUCCUGCCAGGACUGGUGUGUUUCACGAAGCUCAAAGAGUGAGAGAUUAAAAUGGUAGCCAGCCCAGACUCAGACGCUGUCAGCUGUCACCGGCUUUUAAACUUGCUCUUCUCUUCAGAGUAAGAGUGAAGCAUUCCACAGUUGCCACUAUGCUGAAGAGAACUAGACCAGUUACUGAUGAGAAUAUGCAGCAGGAGGUCAGGCCCCCUUUGGCGGUUGACAUCAUCGAUCAGCUCCACCGGCAGUUCGCCAUCCUCUCUGGAGGAAGAGGAAAAGACGGUGCCCCCAUAAUCACGUUCCCAGAGUUCUCUGGCUUCAACGACAUCUCAGAGGAGGACUUCCUGAAUGUGGUCACAUACCUGACCAGCAUCCCCAGUCAGGAAGCCGCUGGCGUCGGGUUCGUCAUAAUCGUAGAUCGCCGAAGGGACAAAUGGAGCAUGGUGAAGUCAUCAUUGGCCAGGAUAUCGGGGGGGUUCCCAGGAACCCUACAGCAGGUCCUGGUGCUCCGGCCCUCCCGCCUGCUCCAGAGGGCCAUCGCCGACAUCGGUAUCCGACUGCACCGCGACGACUAUAAAAUGAAGAUCAUCAUGCUUAACUCGCUUUCCGACUUGCACAGCCAUAUUGACAAAGCUCAGCUGACGUCUGACCUCGGGGGAACUUUGGAGUACUGCCACAGUCAGUGGAUUCACCAGAGAACAGCAGUCGAGAGCUUUGCAGUGACCGUGGGGACCACAGCCCAAACACUAGAGAAAUUCACUGCAGAUCUGGCUGACACCAAACUUCCUGAAGACGCACAACACGCCAAAGACCUGCUGGACGCCCAGACAGGGAAACAUGACAAGCUCAAGGAUGAACUUAAACUUGCAGUGAAACAAGGGUCAAGUCUUCUUUCCUGUAUCCAAGAACAAGCCAUCAGGAAUGCAAUCUGUAAGCUUACCCCUGAUGAGAAGGAGAACUUAACAACUAUAGAAAGGCUGCUUGCACAGCUUGAGGAGAGAGAAACCGCUUUUGAACAAAACUGGGCAAAACACCACCGGAAACUGGAGCAGUGCUUGCAGUUCAGGCGUUUCGAGCAAGAAUAUGGAGAAGUGAAAGCGUCACUGGAAAAUCUAAUGGAUAUGCAGGCUGCCAUCUCAGACUGUGGCGGCUGUGUCAGUCAAGUGGAGCAGCAGCUGAGGGAACUGAGGGCCUUAGAGGAGAAAGCUCAGGGACCCUUGGAGACGGCACAGCAGCUUGCUUUGCAUGGCGACCGGUUGAUCCAGCACGACCACUACGCCGCCGACUCCAUUCGACCCGCGUGCACCGAACUGAGGCGCAUCUGUGAUGACUUCACAAACGGGGCCAAAAGGAAGAUCGGCCUGCUCAGAAAAUCGCUUGAAAUCCUCAGACGAAUAGAUGAGGUGAACCAGUGGUGCGAGUCUGGCGUAUACCUGCUGGCCUCCCAGGCAGUGGACAAGUGUCAAUCACUGGAAGGGGCGGAGACAGCCCUGCAGGACAUCCAGCAGUUCUUAGCAUCUGCAAAGGAAGACCAGCUGACCAGUCUCAAAGACCUGAUCGACCAGUAUGAGGUCAUUCUCACGGCCGAAGUCAAGGUCAGUGUGCACAAGGCCUUGCGGAGGCUGGAGGACGUCCAGGAAAUGUUUGAGAAGCGACAGGCCAGCCUGAGAAGGCUGACCGCCAAGCAGUCUAGGCCGGUGCAGCCUGUGGCCCCUCGUCCUGAGUCUUACCCCAAGUGCUCCUCACCUCUACCAUCAAGGAGAGCUGGUACCUCGCCAAACCGAAGGGGUUCUGAGAACUCUGGUGCUCCGAAACAUCCCUGCGACGUUGACCCGGCGAAAAAGAAAAGCGUACGCAAACCAAGAGGCAGCAUUAAAAUUGAAGUAAUGCUUGAAGCCAGCCAGGGAGGAUCAAACCAUGCCCUGACGACAAAUGAGACAGAGGAAAGCCUGUUGAGCAGACGGAGGCACAUCCUGAAUGAGAUGAUUGAAACGGAGAGGUUAUACGUGGAAGAGUUGCAAAGUAUUAUGGAGGGAUACGCCGCUGAGCUGGAGAACACAGAGUUAUCCCGCCUAGUUCCAACAGCUUUGGAAAACAAAAAAGAAGUGCUUUUUGGCAACCUCUCUGAAAUCUACGAGUUCCACAACAGGACAUUUCUGAAAGAGCUUGAGAAUUGUGUUGAAAAUCCGGAAUUGGUUGGAACGUGUUUUUUGAAAAGAAAAGAAGACCUGCAGAUCUAUGCGAAGUACUGUCAGAACAAGCCUCGAUCUGAAGCUCUGUGGAGACAGUGUGGAGACAGUGCAUUCUUUCAGGAAUGCCAAAAAAAGCUGGACCACAAGCUCUCCCUGGAUGCAUACUUACUGAAACCUGUGCAAAGAAUCACCAAGUACCAGCUGAUGUUGAGGGAGAUGCUCAAGUGCAGUGAAAACACAGAAGGCACCGCGGAGCUGGAGGAGGCCCUGGCAACAGUGCUUGACAUCAUAAAGUCAGUCAACGACUCCAUGCAUCAGAUUGCCAUCACGGGGUUUGAGGGCAACCUGAACGACCUGGGCAAGCUCCUGAUGCAGGGCUCCUUCAACGUGUGGACCGACCACAAGAAGGUCCACAGCAAGGUGAAAGACCUGGCCCGCUUCAAGCCCAUGCAGAGACACCUGUUCCUCUACAGCAAGAUGCUCCUCUUCUGCAAGAGAAGGGAGGAGCCCUCGGAGGGCCACGAGAAGUCCCCCUCCUACAGCUUCAAACACUCCCUAAAGAUGAGUGCUGUUGGAAUCACAGAAAAUGUGAAGGGGGACAUGAAAAAAUUUGAAGUAUGGUAUAAUGGAAGGGAGGAAGUCUACAUUAUUCAGGCCCCCUCUAUGGAAGUGAAGAACUCGUGGGUGUCAGAGAUCCGCAAAGUGCUGACGGGACAGCUGGAGGCCUGCAGAGAGGCAAGUCAGCUGCACCAAAGGAUCAGUGAUGUUGUGUACCACACUUCUCUCAAUAAGUCCAAUUCCAGAAAUGUGACUAAAGGAGUGCUGAAGCAGUCGGACUCGUCUUGCUCGGAGCCAGGAAACACGAGGAGAAGCCCCAGCCCUCCCCAUAAACCGAGGAGAGGGUGGGGCCACAGACACCGGAGUCCAAUGGACUCUGAAGACUUUGACACUCUUCCAUCUAGCACUGAUGAGCUGUCCAACUCCUCCGACGCAGAGGAGGAGGUGAAUGACAAAAACGAAGACCAUGGCCGCUUCCUGGUUCCGCUGAUGCACGAGGCGACAAUGGUGCAGGAUGUGUCUCUGGAGCCAGGAGAUUUAGAGCAGUGUCCAGGGGAGGUGGAAAACGGGCAGUGAUAUCUUCAGCGACAUGUGCACUGCCGCUUUAACAGACACGGAGGACACGGAGAAUGACACGCUGGGGAAAAAAGCUACAGAAACCAAACUGGCUCACUGAGCUCAAGAUGCGUCUCUGUCCUCACUGUAGCCUCAUCUCCUCACAGACAGCUGUAGACUUUACAUGCUGCCUGUCAUUCUAGCGUUGCCACUACUCAGAGUGGGGGACACUACUGUAGGUGUUGUACUCUAAAUUUGGAGCCCAAAGGACUACAAGUCCCACUCGCAAGUGUAAGACACUACUGUAUCUGCUGCUGCACUCACCAGUAAUAAAGAAUUACAUGUCCCAGAAAAAGGAGUGAGAUGCGUCUGACACCAUGCUAAGGAACAAGUCACAGCCACGCAUUCAUGGACCCAAAUUUUUCUCACAUAAAUACUCAAAUUAAUACUCAACUUUGGCCUCCUAGUGCAUUUAAAAGCCACACCGCUGACUGAGGAGUAUGGAUCAUAGACUAAAGUGGGGUUUAUGCUUUUAUUAGCAGUGUUGCCAUGCCUUUGGCUUGUAUUUCUAAAAUGUCCCCUGGAGCAGAGCAGGCAUCAUUGUUGGAUAGAAGAUGGGUGGGAUAUAGCUGGCAAAAGAGAUUGGACAUAGAGAUUACUUGACCUAAUCACAAAGAGAAACAGGAGCACAGAUAUCGGGACCAGAGGAACCGGGACCAGAGGAACCAGGACCAGAGAACUGAUCUGGAGACAGACUUUAUAUGUAAAGAUGACCUGUGAGUGAUCUGUCCUACUGACCUUACUGCUAUGCCAGUAGAAAUGUCUCUAUAGCCAGUAUAUUUGUGAACAUUGUGUUGAACUCAUUUUGUGGACCAAUAAUGAACAUAAUGACACAGGAAGAAGAAAACAAAUUUCAAUUUAACGACAUCUGGGGGGUCUUUUGAGACUUUGUCUGACUUGUGACACCUUUUAAAUGACAAACUUUAUCAAAUGAAAAACAUUGUUUUUUGAAUAACAAAACUAGUAGAGCUUAUUUGUUUUUGGCAGGAGCUAGCAAUUCUACUGGCUGCCAGUCAGGACAGUGUUUACAUUAUAUUAAGAAGUCUGUAGCUAAGGCUAUUGUCAAAGUAGCCUUGAUCCAGAACAUUGUUUGACAAGUGUGAUGAAAUAUAGCCCCAGCUUGUGAAACAGCUGAGAAUUUAAAAACCGAAUUAGGGUGGCUAAGUACGUGUACACUUAGUGAUAACUUCUGCCACUUGUGACCAAGAAGCAUACUGUCAGUGUCAUUUGUUUUAUUUUCUAUUUCAGAGAAAUGAAUGUGAUUUAUAUCUUUUUAUAUGAUGAAACACGAAGCACACAUGAAGUUUUGCUUUGGACCUGUCAGGCAGCCUCCUUCUUCCCAAGACUGUUUGUCAGGGCCUGAAAAAGGAGUUUUCAAAUGAGAUGUGAUGUGUUCUAAGGGUUCAUUAAAGAAGUUUUACCAGGAGAAAUACAAGUACAGCCCAAGUAUCUUUAGUCAUAAUUGUUCAGCUGCUUCUUGCUUAUAUCAAGAUGUAUUUAAAAUAAACUUAUUUUCAAUAUUGUAAUUUAGAAACACAGCAAAAUGAAUCCUAGACUAUGUAUGCAAUUUUGUGUA